CGGCGACCGACGGAGCGUUCUGCGUGCUGCGCUGACUUUGUGACGUCACUUCUCCCCGAGUCUGAGGACCUUCCGCCAUGUCGGCAGCUGCUGAGGUUCAGAGGACGGCGGCCGUGGACCUGGGCGCCCUGCUGGACGCGGGCGACGGCGCGGUCGUCACGCUGGUGGCGGGAGAGACGCGGCUGGCGGCGCACCGCGCGGUCCUGGCCGCCAGGAGUCCCGUGUUCCGAGCCAUGUUCCAGCACGACACGCUGGAGGCCAGCUGCGGCGAGGUCAGAAUCGCGGACGUGGGGGGCCCGGUGAUGAGGCAGCUAUUGUCUUACGUGUACACCCUGCAGGCCCCCCAGCUGACUGACACGGCCCCGGAGCUGUUGGCGGCAGCCGACAGAUACGGCCUGUCAGCCCUGAAGGCCGCCUGCGAACAGCAGGUGGCGGCGCAGCUGGAGGUGGAGACGGCGGCGGCUGCAGCUGUGCUGGCGGUGAGGCACUCGUGCCCCAGCCUAACUGCGGCCGCCAUCCACUUCAUAAGGUCUCAAACACACAAAGUAAUGGCGACGCAGGGCUGGGCAGACGCCGUGCUGCAGUACCCGAAAGACAUCGUCGAAGUCAGUCGGCUGCUCAGUGAGCCACCAGCAGAACCCAGCGCGCCGGCCGCCCCCGCCGCCCGGCCGCCCAGCGACAGCAGCCGGACCCCCGAGCCUCUCUCAACAGGAGAGAGGGAGGAGGCUGAUAGAGGCGGCCAAGCAGGGCGCGGCGGAGCAGCUGCGCGAGUUACUGGCGGCGGGGGCGGACGUGGGGGCGAGGGGGGAGGAGGAGUGGGGGGCAGCUGGACCGCCCUGCACGAGGCAGCAGGCGGGGGUCACGUGGCGGCGGCCAGCUGCCUCGUCGGCGCCGGCGCGGAGGUCGACGCCAGGAGCAUCGGGGGGCAGGAGACGCCCCUGCACUGGGCUGCACGGAGUGGCGACGCUGGUGUGGUGCGGCUGCUGGUCGGCGCCUCUGCUGACCUCAACGCCAGGGAUUGGUGGGGGCAGACGCCGCUGCACUUGGCGGCAGAGGAGGGCCACGCAGGGGCGGCGGCUGAGCUCCUCCUGGCGGGGGCGGACAGGGGGGCCCGGGAUAGGGGUGGCAGGACCCCCCUGGACCUCGCCAGGCAGGAGGGAAAGCAGGAGCUGGUGGAUAUGCUGACACAACGCUGA